AAGAAAGUCGGAAGUAGUCUUUCAGACGCAUGGCGGUAUUUGGAAAAAUAUUCAUCUGCUAAAUUCAUAAUCUACAAUUUAAAGCUUGUUUUGAAAAUAGUGUUUAGUGUGUGCACUGUAAGCGAGUACAGGUCUCUACAAUAUGGAGGCUGAUCUGUAUGAUGAGUUUGGAAACUACAUCGGUCCAGAGUUGGACUCUGAUGACGAUGAAGACGAGCUGGAUGCAGAGGACAGAGAUGUCGAUGAGGGUGAUGACGAUGAUGACGAUGAACCUGCUGAUGCUGAUGAUGAUGUCCCGGGAAUGGAGGUGGUUCUGCACGAGGAUAAGAAAUACUAUCCUACAGCAGAAGAAGUUUACGGUCCUGAAGUGGAAACGAUCGUCCAGGAGGAAGAUACUCAACCUCUUACUGAACCCAUCAUUAAGCCUGUGAGAAACAGACGGUUCACUCUGAUGGAGCAAGAGUUACCUGCCACUGUUUAUGAUAUGGAAUUCCUUGCAGAUCUAAUGGACGGUACUGAGUUGAUCCGGAAUGUCACUCUCUGUGGUCACCUCCACCAUGGCAAGACCUGUUUUGUAGACUGCCUCAUUGAACAGACUCACCCAGAAAUCAGGAAGAGAGAUGAUGUGGAUCUUCGAUACACAGAUAUCCUAUUCACAGAGCAGGAGAGAGGAGUUGGUAUUAAGAGUACUCCCGUCACAAUGGUGCUGCCAGAUUCCAGAGGCAAAUCCUACCUCUUUAACAUCAUGGACACACCAGGCCAUGUAAACUUCUCAGACGAGGUCACGUCUAGCAUCCGGAUCUCGGAUGGUGUUGUCCUCUUCAUAGAUGCAGCAGAGGGAGUAAUGCUGAACACAGAGCGGCUCAUCAAACAUGCAGUUCAGGAGCGUAUGGCCAUCACCAUCUGCAUCAACAAGGUGGACCGGCUCAUCGUGGAGCUUAAACUGCCACCCACAGAUGCUUAUUAUAAACUGCGCCAUAUUGUAGAUGAGGUCAAUGGUUUGCUCAGCACAUACUCCACAGAUGAGAAUUUGGUGGUGUCUCCUCUCCUUGGAAACGUGUGCUUCGCCAGCUCUCAGUACAGCAUCUGUUUCACACUUGGCUCUUUUGCAAAAAUCUACUCAGACACUUAUGGAGACAUUAACUAUAAUGAGUUUGCCAAGAGGCUCUGGGGAGACAUUUACUUCAAUCCCAAAACUCGCAAGUUCACAAAGAAAGCUCCCAGCAGCAACUCUCAGCGCAGCUUUGUUGAAUUUGUUCUGGAGCCUCUCUACAAGAUCCUCUCACAGGUGGUUGGGGAUGUGGACACAUCCCUCCCCAGAGUUCUGGAUGAGCUGGGAAUCCAUCUGACCAAAGAGGAACUGAAGCUGAACAUUAGACCCCUGCUGAGGCUGGUCUGCAAUCGCUUCUUCGGAGAAUUCACCGGAUUUGUGGACAUGUGUGUUCAGCACAUCCCUUCACCACAAGAGGGUGCCAAGACCAAGAUUGAGCACACCUACGCAGGAGGUAUGGACUCCGACCUGGGGGAGGCCAUGGCAGAGUGUGACCCUGAUGGUCCUUUGAUGUGCCACACCACUAAGAUGUACAGCACUGAGGAUGGGGUUCAGUUCCAUGCAUUUGGCAGGGUGCUAAGCGGCACCAUUCAGGCAGGACAGCCAGUCAAGGUCUUGGGAGAGAACUACACCCUUGAAGAUGAGGAGGACUCCCAGGUCUGCACUGUGGGACGCCUGUGGAUUUCUGUUGCCAGAUAUCAAAUUGAAGUGAAUCGAGUACCCGCUGGUAACUGGGUCCUCAUUGAAGGCUGUGACCAGCCAAUUGUUAAAACUGCCACCAUCACAGAGCCCAGAGGCAAUGAAGAGGCUCAGAUUUUCAGGCCACUGAAGUUCAACACUGCGUCAGUUAUCAAGAUCGCAGUGGAACCCGUCAACCCAUCAGAGCUUCCGAAAAUGCUGGACGGACUGAGGAAGGUCAACAAGAGCUAUCCAUCUCUAACCACGAAGGUGGAGGAGUCUGGAGAACACGUAAUCUUAGGCACAGGAGAGCUCUACUUGGACUGUGUCAUGCACGACCUGAGGAAGAUGUAUUCGGAGAUCGACAUUAAAGUCGCAGAUCCAGUUGUGACAUUCUGUGAAACAGUUGUGGAAACAUCAUCUCUCAAGUGCUUUGCUGAAACGCCAAACAAAAAGAAUAAGAUCACCAUGAUUGCUGAGCCCUUGGAGAAGGGGCUGGCUGAGGACAUUGAGAAUGAAGUGGUGCAGAUCACAUGGAACAGGAAGAAGCUGGGAGAGUUUUUCCAGACAAAGUAUGACUGGGAUCUGCUGGCUGCCAGGUCUAUCUGGGCCUUCGGACCGGACACGACGGGACCAAACAUUCUUGUGGACGACACGCUGCCUUCUGAGGUGGACAAGGCUCUGCUCGGCUCAGUCAAAGACAGCAUCGUUCAGGGCUUCCAGUGGGGAACCAGGGAAGGACCUCUGUGUGAUGAGCCCAUCAGGAAUGUCAAGUUUAAGAUUCUGGAUGCACUCAUUGCUCAGGAGCCUCUCCACAGAGGUGGAGGCCAGGUCAUCCCCACAGCUAGGAGAGUUGUCUACUCCGCUUUCCUCAUGGCCACUCCAAGGCUGAUGGAGCCAUACUACUUUGUGGAGGUUCAGGCUCCAGCAGAUUGUGUAUCUGCUGUGUACACUGUGUUGGCUCGAAGAAGAGGUCAUGUGACUCAGGACGCACCGAUUCCAGGGUCUCCACUCUACACCAUCAAAGCUUUCAUCCCAGCCAUUGACUCCUUUGGAUUUGAGACAGACCUUCGCACACACACACAGGGACAAGCCUUUGCUCUGUCUGUCUUCCACCACUGGCAGAUUGUUCCUGGUGACCCCCUGGACAAGAGUAUCGUGAUCAGGCCACUUGAGCCUCAGCCCGCCCCCCAUCUGGCCAGAGAGUUCAUGAUCAAGACCCGAAGGCGCAAGGGACUGAGCGAAGAUGUGAGCAUCAGCAAGUUCUUCGACGAUCCUAUGUUGUUGGAGCUGGCCAAACAGGAUGUGGUGUUAAACUACCCCAUGUGAGACCGCAACACGGCAAACCCACGCAGCCAUCACCUGAACCUCCACCUGUCACAACUGUGAAUCCACAAUUUAUCAAGGUUAUUUGAGGUAUAAAGCAAGUCACUAUAACACAGAACCAUGAGAUAUUGUCAUCGAUUCAGGUUUCUCUGCCUUUUCAGACUCAUUAUCUGUUUUCCUGAGGAAAAACACAAAACUAAUCAUAUAGGAUCCGUCAUUAGAUUAAAACAGACUCAUGACUAUGGGGAGUGUUUGCUCUUCCCUUUAGAGAGCAGCCGUAAUUUGUAAAGUUUGCAGACAUUUGUUGCAACACAUCUUUUUCUUGUAUUUUUAUUUUUUACGUGUAUAAAUGAUUGUUUUGUAGAGUAAGAUAACUUGGAAGCUUUUUAAGAAAAUAAAUAAAUUGGCUGUCAGUGAUUCGGUGUAUGUCUGAAUAAAAUGUGUAAUUCAAA